AUGGCUACAAUCCAUGUCACCAAAUCAAACUCUAGAAUCGAAGUCAUUGAUAGAUGGGGAGUAUUGAGCAUUAUAAAGUAUGAGUUUGGCAAAGUGCUGAGGUUUGGCAAAAUAAACAAAUACUUGAGCAACACCAAUGUUUUUGAGCAUUCGGGCAAGUUUUACUCGAUUGCAGAAAAUCACAUCCCACAAGAGAUUGACAUCUUUACACUAAAAACCUAUGAUAAUUGGGAUGUCAAUGGAACUUGGAAUCGACCUUUCACCAGCCAUCCAAAGAAAGAUCCAGAUACAGAGGAGCUUGUCAUUAUGGGGAUUGAUGCAGCUAAACCUUUUGUUGAAGUGGGAGUAAUUUCAGCUGAUGGAAAUAAAUUAGUGCACAGAAUGGAUCUCAAACUCAAUAGGUGCACCCUUUGCCAUGAAAUGGGAGUUACACGGAGGUAUAAUGUAUUUCUUGAUUUUCCUCUGUCUAUAGACAUAAACAGACUUAUUCAAGGAGGACAAUUGAUAAAUUACGAACCCAAAGGAUAUGCAAGGAUUGGGGUAAUGCCUCGCUAUGGUGUUGCAGAUUCUAUCCAGUGGUUUGUUGUGAAACCAAAUUGUACAUUCCACAUUAUCAAUUGUUUUGAGGAUGGUGAUGAGGUUGUAGUUUUGGGAUGUAGAGCUCUUGAAUCGGUCAUACCAGGACCUACUCUAGAUUUGAAUAGAUCUGAGAGGAGUUCUGAAAAAAAUAGGCAUGUAGAAUCAUUUGAGGAAAGUAUUGAUACCGCAACAAAAGAAGUAUUUUCUAGUCCUUAUGAAUGGAGAUUGAAUAUGCAAACUGGAGAGGUUAAGGAGAAAAAUCUCUGUGGAACAAAGUUCUCUAUGGAUUUUCCUAUGAUCAAUGGAGACUAUACAGGUAUUAAAAAUAAAUAUGGUUACACCCAAACUGUUGAUUCUGCUGCAAGUUCUACAUCAGGGAUCCCAAAAUUUGGAGGGAUAGCCAAGUUAUACUUUGAAGAACCAGUUACAGAGGUUUCAUCGAGAGAGAAAAUGAUAAAAAUGGAAUAUCACAAGUUGGAGGAAAAUGUAUUCUGCACUGGAGCUACAUUUGUCUCCAAAGGAAAAGGCUUGGAAGAAGAUGCCGGUUGGAUCAUCAGUUUUGUUCACAAUGAAGAUACAAAUAUAUCUCAAGUUUAUAUAAUUGACACAAAGAAAUUUUCUAGUGAGGCAGUUGCCAAAAUCACACUGCCAUGCAGAGUCCCGUACGGUUUCCACGGAGCUUACAUGCCAAUCGAGAAUCCCAUUGAAAGUUUCAAGAUUUUCAACCCCAGUUAA